AUGCUGGACCACGGCUCCGGAGGUCUGUCCGCGCACACAGCCAUGCCUCAGCGCUGCCUCCUGCACAGACGCGGGGGAGGAGGAGGAGGUCGCGGGGGAGGCACCACGGCCGCCCGGAGGAUGGAGCGCAGACGCAGGGACCAGCAGCUGCAGCGCAAAGGAAACGACCACAACACAAACAGCCACCAGCGCUCCAAGAAGCUGGCCCUGCUCUCCAGGUCUUUGAUCCUGUGCCACUCCAAAACCAGCGAUGACUUGAGCCCAGAGGAGCGGACGUCCCGGGACAUCUCCGAGGGCCUCAGGGGGUCCUGGGGGUCUGGCUGGGGGGCGGAGCACAUGUGGAGCUCGUGUCCCUCCACUCCAGAGAAACGGCUGGAGGCGGACGAUCAAGGAAGCGACUCACUCAGGGAGAAGAAAGGGCUCCGGAGGUCAUUCAGCAUCAAGGAGAGCAGUAUUUGGCGCAUGUGUGUAGCCGCUCGUCCCCAUGAGGAGGUGAAGGGGCCACAGACUGACCCCAGGACUGAAGGAGGACCCCUUCAGAGGGUUCUCGUCAGCACAGACACACCGGCUGCUCUUCAUGGUCAGGGCAUCAGUGGGUGUGGCCUGACAGAGGCGGAGACAGCAAGGGCCGCUCACUUCAAAGCCUGCUGUGAGGACCGCUCCAGCCCUCUGCACCAGUACCCCCCAGAUGCCCUGCCCCAGACGUUCCCCCCAGAUGCCCUGUCUCUGCCGGGGUACAGCGACGAGGAAAUCCCCACCAACAACAACCACCUCAAGCUGCCGAUCCCAGAGGUGAAUGAAGACAGGUACUGGGAGACGAAGCAGACGCAACAGAUCCCACAGAACGACAACAACAAGAUCCAUCCUGCUUCUACAACUGGGGUCCAUCCGUACUGGAUCGGAGACCUGGAGACCAUCAUCAUGAAGAACCCUGAGUUGUACCAUCCGCACAGGAACCAUGCCUUUUAUGGAAACAGGAAGUCCCUAUCGCAGCAGCUGGAGCUCUUUCACAACAGCACACGGUGCGUAUCUCGUCCGUCGCGGUCGCUCAGCUCGGCGCAGCUCCUUCACUCCAGCAGCAGCUCUCAAGCUUUCAUCAUCUGUAACAUUGUUCUGAUGAAAGGACAGGGGAAGGGCCUGGGCUUCAGUAUUGUGGGAGGCAGAGACAGUAUGUAUGGACCGAUGGGGAUCUAUGUCAAGACCAUCUUCCCCAAAGGAGCCGCAGCUGCAGACGGACGACUACAGGAAGGUGAUGAGAUCCUGGAGCUGAACGGAGAGUCGCUUCACGGUCUAACUCACGACGAGGCUCUCAACAAAUUCAAACUCAUCCGUAAGGGCGUCCUGACUCUGGUGGUGCGUACGAGCCUCAGGGUGGAUGUGUGUGUUCCCUCUCAGCUCGCCCUGUGUCGUUCUCGCUCUCUCAGCUCCACCGCCGGCGUGUCCCGGAUCAGCAGCGACCUCAGCGACCUCAGCCUCGACCAGAGCCCCGCCCCCGACCUCAGCCACAAGCCCCAGGACCGGGUCGUGAUGGAGAUCGCCCUCCACAAAGAGUGUGGCGUGGGGCUGGGGAUCGGCCUGUGCUGCGUCCCAUCUCUGGAUCUCUGUCCUGGGAUCUACAUCCACACUCUGUCCCCUGGCUCUGUGGCUCACAUGGACGGCAGACUACGAUGUGGUGAUGAGAUCAUGGAGAUUGAUGACACUGUGGUUGAUCACAUGACUCUGAACGAUGUUUACAAUGUACUGAGUCAGAGCAGACCAGGUCCAGUCCACAUCACUAUCAGCAGACACCCAGACCCAAAGGUCUCGGAGCAGCAGUUGAACGCUGCCAUCGCUCAGGCCGUGGAGAACAGUAGACUGAGGAAGGACAAGAGCCAGUGGAGCAUCGACAGUCUGCGUAAGGAGUCGUGCUCGUACCGGCGGCAGAGGUGCGACCGCUGUCUGGACUCGGGGAUGACCGCCUCCCGAGCUCAGAGGACCAUGACCCGCUCCUGCAGCGAGAACACCAGCUGCACCAACCACAACCGCUGCUCCGCCCGGCUCCACCCACACCACAGCCAAACAGGAGCCCCCCUCCUGUUCCACCCACACCACAGCCAAUCAGGAGCCCCGUUUCUGCUCCACCCACACCACAGCCAAUCAGCCGUUCGCGUGCACAGCCUGGACACGCCCCCGUCGACGUCUGAGCAAUGGUCCGACAACAGGCUGUCAGUGCCUGUGUAUCCGGAUGAAGACUACAACAUCCCAUACAACAGCCCCCUCACACUGGAGCUGGGCUUCAGGGGCAACAAGGAAGAGGAAGACUCACAAGAAGACUCAGGGGUUCAAGAUCUGAGCUGCACCAGUGAACAACUACUCUCAGGUGAUUCCUCGCUUGCCUCCCACAACAGGAGUGCUCUGAAAAGACAGGGCCGUGUUGAGACCCGCACCCCAGAACCAGUGCAGGAUCCCUGGGUUCGCCUCACAGAUAGUCCCCUUAAACAAGAUCCACUUCUGGAGCUUCCUGCACGAACGGCUCAGAUUACCUACAAGCCACCUCUGAACAUGGGCGACCACGAAACCAGCCUGGACGUUAACGGCAAUGCUAACUUAAACAAAGAAAAUAAAGCGACGGCUGCAGACAGCGGAGACUCUAAGGGCUGUGGCGCGGACAGUCUGGGGAAGAUCCUGGCCUUCAGUAACCAGGUCUCUCUUGCACUGAUGCAGUCUCACGGUCACAAUCCUCUGAACCCUCAAUCUGAACCCAGGGAAAAAACAGAACCCGAGCCCAGCUUCUCUCUCAGUUUGGCCGCACUGAGAGACUGUUCCAUGGAUCAGGGAGAUUCCUCAGAAUCUCUCUCCCUCCCCCCUGCACUCCCACUCCUCCCAUCACCAGACCUGCAGCAGCUCCUCCAGCAGGUGGCAGAGUUAGACCUGGAACAGCUCAAGCACCUGGAGGAUGUCCACGUCGUUGUUCUGCACAAGGAGGAAGGAGCAGGACUGGGCUUUACCAUCGCUGGGGGCUGCGACCUGGAGAACAAGGCACCAACCGUGCACAAAGUCUUCCCUACUGGUCUGGCCGCUCAGGAGGGCACCAUCCACAAAGGGGACCAGGUUUUAUCCAUAAACGGACAGAGUCUGAGCUCUGCCACUCACUCAGAGGCCACAGCUGCCCUGCGUUUGGCCCGGACCCAGGCGGUGGCAGUGGUGGUGGUCUGGAGGAGAGAGGGGGAUGAGGAGGAGGAAGUGGAGAGCCCGGCUGACGGCAACACAUUGGAGGAGGGUCAGCUGCUUAGUGUGAGUCUGGACAAAGGCUCUGCAGGAGUGGGCUUCACAUUAGAAGGAGGAAGAGGCUCCAUCCACGGAGACAAACCGCUGCUCAUCAGCCGCAUAUUCACAGCCGGAGCAGCUCAGUGCAGCGGUCUUCUCUCUGGAGAUGAGAUCGUGAGUGUCCAGUCUGCAGGUCUCUCUCUGCAGCUCGGACACAUGACGCGAUUCGAGGCCUGGAACCACAUCAAAGCCUUACCUGAGGGCAUCGCCACGGUGACGGUCCGGAGGCGUGUCCAAUGA